GCAGCAGGGACAGCGCUGACAGGGCUUCCCCGCAGCCGUCGCGCACACCGUCAUCUGUCCGCUCUGAGGACUCCUCAGCUUGGGAAUGCCCGGCCAUGUUCGACCUUAACAGCGGCUGGAACUUGUCCUUUGCAGGAUGCGGGUUCCUGGGGAUUUAUCACAUUGGAGUAGCCAGCUGUCUGCUAGAGAAAGCGCCUUACCUCAUCAAGGGAGCCACCAAGUUCUACGGAGCCUCCGCCGGUGCUCUGACCGCCUCAGUGCUCGCCAGCCAGGCAUGCAUAGCUAAAUGCUGUGAAGAUGUGAUCGAAGUAGCAAAAGAAGCCAGGAAGAGGAACCUGGGGCCUCUUCACCCGACCUUCAACCUGGUCAAAGUGCUGAAGUCUGGUCUGAAUCGUGACCUGCCCUCUGACGCUCAUGUCCUGGCCUCAGGACGGCUGUGCGUUUCCCUCACCAGAGUGUGUGACGGGGAGAAUGUGCUAGUGUCAGAGUUUAGCUCCAAAGAGGAACUCAUACAGGCGCUGGUCUGUAGCUGUUUCAUUCCUAUCUACUGUGGGCUGAUCCCUCCCUGUUUCAGAGGAGUGCGUUACGUAGAUGGCGGGAUCAGUGACAACCUCCCCCAGUCGGAGCUGAAGAACACCAUCACCAUCUCUCCUUUCUCCGGUGAGAGCGACAUCUGUCCCCGUGACAACUCCACCAGCUUCCAUGAGCUGCGCUUCACCAACACCAGCAUCCAGAUGAACCUGGGCAACAUGUACCGCCUCAGCAGGGCCCUGUUCCCACCUGAGCCUAAGGUAUUAGCUGAGAUGUGUCAGAGCGGAUAUAAGGAUGCUCUACGCUUCCUCGAAGAAAACAACCUGCUGAGGUUGGAGCAUCCGACCUCCGGCCCCACCCUGCAAGAGAGCCCGCCCAACUGCUGCUGUAAGCAGACGGAAACCACCAAAGACUGGGUGCUCCGGAGGCUCCGUCUACUGCGUAAAGAGCACUGGUGGCUGGAUGAGCAGAUCGCUCUGCCUACACCCAUCAAGAAAGUGUUCUGUGAGGCCUGCCAAGGCAAACCUGGCCUGUAUGCCACAGUGUCUGAGAUGCUGCCAGUGAGAGUGGCCUCCUAUAUGCUCAUGCCUUACACACUUCCUGUGCAGUCAGCCUAUUCAGUUGCCCAGAGGUUUGUGGAGUGGAUUCCAGAGGUACCAGCUGAUGUGCGCUGGCUGUUUGGGGUGGCAGGUGAUGUGUACCGACAGACCUGGAAAGGAUCACCCUCUGGCUCCGUUAGUGAGCCGUGCCUGAGGACAUGCAUGAGUGAGCCGCCUCUAUCGACGGAGCGCUACAGACCCAUGGGCGGAGACAACAUGCCUGCUCUAUCCUCCCUAGAUCUCCACGGCAACUACUGGGAGAUCCCAAAAUCUACCUCCUGUUCCUCCAACUAUCCUCACAUCGCCCCCUCCUCUCCACAACAAGUUUGUUUCUUCGUAGGCUCGGAGGAUGAACCACACAGCAAUGUACAGCAGUAGAAUGAUUGGGGGAUCUGCACUUUAACAAUGAUGUGGUCAGAUUUACACUCUUUCUGUGAGUGGUAGUAAAAAAAAUUAAACUAAUAUUUUAAGGACUGAACACUCCAGGCAGCACUACCUGUAUUAUAUUUUAAUGAGUGCUCUGGAAGACAGUGUUGCAAAUCACUCAGGAACAUGGAUGUGUUUUAUGGCCUGAUUUAAUGAACAGCACAGAAAUGUGUCUACUUAAACAGUCUAACUACAACUUCAACUACCUGUUUAUUUUAAAUGUACCCAAAUGUAGCAUUCAAUCCUCAUUCUAAUACAGUUAAUUGAAUCAAGAGUGCUUUGUCUCUAUAUCUGUCUGUCCCUUUCAUAUCUCAAGGCACUAUCAGACAGCCUUUACUAUGCAAAUACUGGCAGCAUUAUUAUCCUCCACAAAUCUGAACAAUCGUAUUUUUAGACAGCACAAAUUAAAAACAUUCUGGUCAGCUUUUUUCUGACACAGUAAAGUUUAUGUAGCGGUCAUUUGCCAAAAUGAAACACUGAACCCGACUGUGCUGAGUGCAAACAGUGUUGUAAUAUAAAAGUAUAUAUAUUUUAAUAUCAGUGUUACCAAUGUAUGGUCUAACCUUCAACUUGUAAAUCUGUUUUCAUGUCACUUUAAUUAUUAUUACAUUAAUGUGCUUGAGUUUUCUCUUGAGAUUAAACUA